AUGAAGGGAGCUCUCCUCAGCGCAGCUGUGCUGCUUAGCUCCGCCCAUGCCGGAGGAGUUCACAAGAUGAAGCUUCAGAAGGUGCCUCUUUCUGAGCAGCUGGAGACGAUCCCGAUCGAGACACAGAUUAAGGGCCUCGGUCAGAAGUACAUGGGCGCUCGCCCCGACAGUCAUGCUCAAGCGGUCUUCGAAGGUGCUGGCAUGCACGCCGAGGCUGAUCACCCUCUCCCCAUCUCCAAUUUCAUGAAUGCUCAAUAUUUCUCCGAGAUCAGCAUCGGCACGCCGCCCCAGGAGUUCAAGGUCAUCCUCGAUACCGGCAGUUCUAACCUUUGGGUUCCCUCACAAUCUUGCGGCAGCAUCGCCUGCUUCCUCCACAGCAAGUACGACUCGUCUUCUUCAUCGACCUACAAGAAGAACGGCACCGACUUCGAAAUCCGCUACGGUUCCGGUAGCUUGAGCGGAUUCGUCUCCCAAGACGAUGUAACCAUUGGUGACCUCAAGAUCAAGGGCCAAGACUUCGCCGAGGCCACCAGCGAGCCAGGCUUGGCCUUUGCCUUUGGUCGAUUCGAUGGUAUCCUGGGAAUGGGUUUCGACCGCCUCUCAGUGAACGGAAUCGUCCCUCCUUUCUACCAACUCAUUAACCAGAAGCUCAUUGACGAGCCCGUCUUUGCUUUCUACCUAAACAGUGAGAGUGGUAGCGAUGAUUCCGAGGUUGUCUUCGGUGGUGUUGAUAAGGACCACUACACUGGCAAGAUUACCGAAAUCCCCCUGCGCCGCAAGGCUUACUGGGAGGUCGACCUUGAUUCCAUCUCUUUCGGUGGCGAGACUGCUGAGCUUGACAACACCGGUGUCAUCCUCGACACCGGCACAUCUCUGAUUGCUCUGCCCACCGAUCUUGCCGAACUUCUGAACAAGGAGAUGGGCGCCAAGAAGGGCUUCAAUGGCCAGUACAGCGUUGACUGCUCUGCUCGUGAUUCCCUGCCUGAUGUUACCUUCAAGCUGAGCGGCUAUGAUUUCUCUAUUACUCCCUACGACUAUAUCCUUGAGGUCUCUGGUAGCUGCAUCUCCACGUUCAUGGGCAUGGACUUCCCCGCUCCUGUCGGUCCUUUGGCCAUCCUCGGUGAUGCCUUCCUCCGGAAGUAUUACUCCAUCUACGAUCUUGGUAAGGGAACUGUCGGCUUGGCUAAGGCGAAAUAA